AUGAGCAGGGGCGGCACUCGGGAUGGGGACGCUCCAGCGCCUGGACAGGAGAGCUCAGGGUCAAGGGCUCAGGCACUGGCCUUGCCCCAGGGGCUGCUGCUGUGGCUGCUGCUGGGCACGGGCGGGGCGCAGGCACCCAGAGGGCCGCUCCGCCCACUGUGCCGGCCCGUCAACGCCACCCUGGCCGCCGAGAACGAGGCCUGCCCAGUCUGCAUCACCUUCACCACCAGCAUCUGUGCCGGCUACUGCCCCAGCAUGGUGCGGGUGCUGCCCGCCGCCCUGCCGCCCGUGCCCCAGCCCGUGUGCACCUACCGCGAGCUGCGCUUCGCCUCCAUCCGCCUCCCCGGCUGUCCACCUGGCGUGGACCCCGAGGUGUCCUUCCCCGUGGCCCUCAGCUGUCGCUGUGGGCCCUGCCGCCUCAGCAGCUCCGACUGCGGGGGUCCGCGGGCUCAGCCCCUGGCCUGCGACCUCCCCCACCUCCCAGGCCUCCUCUUCCUCUGAGGCCCCUCGGCCCCACCUCCCGCCCCACCCCCACUGGUGGAGCCAGCAGGUGCCCCGCUCCUCCCCUCCCAAUAAAACUUCUCCAUCU